GCUUGGAGAAUGCAGUACGAGCCGCAAAUCACCUACGAUGACAAUCUCAAAGUGUGGAGUGGAGGCGAAAAAUCAAACUACUUCGCACCCCAUCUCUCCAUUGGGCAGAUCAUAUUCCGGGAGAUGGAAAGGCACCCAAAGCUCAUAGCACAGAUAUCAGCCACUGAGAAGACGGUGCUGACCCGUGAGGAGGUGCGUUUCAAUGCGAUGCGAGUGGCUAGCUACAUGCGGGAACUGGGCCUAAAGCAAACGGAUAUAGUGGGCCUCAUGGCCAGGAACACAACGCACCUGGUGGCCGUGGCCUAUGCCUGCUUCUUCAACGGUGUGCCGUUCCACUCCCUCAACAUCUCCUACGAGCAGGAGACCAUAGAGAAGCUGUUCAGAAUCACCAGACCCCGUCUGAUCUUCUGCGACGGGGAUGAGUACGAGAGAGUGCUGGCAGCCGCCGAAACCCUCCAGCUGGACUCCACAAUAAUUAGCAUGCGGCAUCACCCGUUCGGCUGCCUUCGUAUUCAGGAUAUCCUGACCACACCCAUUGAGGAUAACUUCCAGCCCUCCCAGCUGGAGCAGGGCCCCAACCAGACCUUGGCCAUUCUCUGCUCCUCAGGGACCACGGGCGUGCCCAAGGCGGUGACUGCAACCAACAGUCAGAAUUGCAUCUUCCCCGGCUUCCUCGUGACCACCAAUGUGGUUCAGUACACGCACAGCACCCUGGAUUGGUUUUCGGGCCUUUCCUCCAUCAUCAACGCUGGAGUGUUCAGCACUACAAAUAUAAUAGCUGACAAUGACUUUGCUCCCGCCUUCAUGUGUCGUAUGGUCCCAGAGUACAAGAUCGGGCUAGUCUUUCAGUGUCCCUCCCACAUGGCAAUGCUGGCCAACUGUCCGGAAUUCGAAGACGCUGAUCUGUCGAGCAUUGAGCAUUACAUUUUUGGGGGCUCCCGCUGCUCCCUGGAUGUUCAGAAGCGUGUCCGUAGCCGCCUCCAGGGAGGUCUGAUCUUUAGCUACUCCAUAACAGAGCUGAACGGCACUGGCACCUUGAACCUUCACUUUGAUGAAAAGCCCAACUCAGUGGGUCGCCCAGUCGCUGGCAAUAAGAUCAAGGUAAUCAAUGAAGAGGGUGUGGCUCUGGGCCCACACGAAGUGGGUGAAGUGUGCCUGUUCAACGGCCAGCAUUGGGCUGGCUACUAUGGCAAUCCAGAGGAGACGCGUUUAAUUCGCGACUCUCAGCAGUGGUUUCACACCGGAGAUGUGGGCUACGUGGAUGAAGAUGGCUUCCUCUUUAUAGAGGACCGCAGAAAGGACAUGCUCAAGUACCACAACAUCAUGUACUAUCCCAACGAGAUAGAGACAGUCAUCUCCCAGAUGCCUAACGUGGCCGAGGUCUGUGUCUUCGGCGUUUGGAAUGCAGUCAAUGGCGAUGAGGCCGCAGCUUGUGUGGUGAAGAGGCACGGCACCAAUCUGGUCGCCCAGGACGUUUCGGACUUUGUAAAGGAACACAUCGGUGCCAAGUAUAAAGAAUUACACGCUGGAGUCAUCAUUGUAGAUGAUCUAAAGCGAAGUGGGAAUGGCAAAACGAAUCGACGCGCCAACAAGGACCACUUUCUGAAUGUUCAGAAGAUCAAAAGGCUUUAAGUCCCAAAUUCAGCCUUUUCCUUAAGUCGGAAAUCAUUCGAAAAAACAAUGAAAACAUUAUCAAAGCGGACUGCGCAUAUCUAUAAAUUUUUCUUGUACUUCUAAUGAGAGAAGACAGAACGGUGAUGGGGUAAAAUAAGAAAGAACCAAAGAAAAACAAGAAGAUACGUGUGAGUCGCUUCUGGGGACGCGACUCUACUUAU